UUAUUGUCUGCCGUUAUCUCCAAAGAACAAGGGUACGAGUGAGGGGUGCGCGCUCUGGGCGAGUGUCGCGGCUCUCACAACGGGUCGAAGGAGGCAAUUUUGCCAGUGGGGGAGGGAGGGGGAGACCUUGAUUUCCACCAAUCCCCGGGCGUUUGUCUGCGAAGUCCGGGGCGCAGCGGAAGGCUGCGGCGCGCCGCUGAAUUAACUGAUGAGAGCGAGUUCUUUUCUUCUCCGGGAGGGGUGGGGAGCGAGGGUCCUGGCGGGCGAGGCGGAGAAGCCCGGGGCAGGAUAGCGGUCCCGGGCAGCCGUGGAAAUUUCCAAGGACUUGGCGCGGCGCGGAGAGCGCGUCUGGGGUGGGGGGGGUUGCUUGGGGGCGCAGCAGCGCGGGAGGCGGCGAAGGGCGCAGGAGCAUCGCCCGGAAGGGGACAAGGGGACGCAUCGGGCCAAAUGUCUGAGAGAGAGCCGAACCUUUUCCCGGACCCUCGCCUAGGGCGACUGUGAUGCUGCAGAACCGGCGGGAGCUACUCGCCGCCGCCGCUCUCUGCGCUUUUGGAGACCCCAGCGCCGCCUUCUGCAGGGGAAACGACCAUGGCCAUAGAUCGUGACUUGCCCCCCAGCCACUUCCCCUAGAAGAAAUCCUUGGAAAAGUUGCAUUUAAAAAAAUCCUUGCUCUGACCUUUGGGGCCGACGGUGCCGAAGAAGAGUGCGUGCCUUUGCAAGCAGGAAACCGAAAGGUGUGUGUGCAUGGGGGGCCGGCGGUGGGGGACCCUCUGCUGCCACUUCGCAUAGCUUUGUGCUGAGGCCCCGGCCCCCGCCCCUGGGACGCCGGGGCUGAGAUGAGCCCUUGCCGGCGGGCCCGGCGACAAACGUCUAGAGGGGCCAUGGCUGUACUGGCGUGGAAGUUCCCGCGGACCCGGCUCCCCAUGGGAGCCAGUGCCCUCUGUGUCGUGGUCCUUUGCUGGCUCUACAUCUUCCCCGUCUACCGGCUGCCUAACGAGAAGGAGAUCGUGCAGGGGGUGCUGCAGCAGGGCACGGCGUGGAGGAGGAACCAGACCGCGGCCAGAGCGUUCAGGAAACAAAUGGAAGACUGCUGCGACCCUGCCCAUCUCUUUGCAAUGACUAAAAUGAAUUCCCCCAUGGGGAAGAGCAUGUGGUACGAUGGGGAGUUUUUAUACUCAUUCACCAUUGACAAUUCAACUUAUUCUCUCUUCCCUCAGGGGGAAGAAAAUACAGUGUGUGCAGAUGAGGUAGAAAUGCAGGCAACCCCAUUCCAGCUGCCAUUGAAGAAAUGCGCGGUGGUGGGAAAUGGUGGGAUUCUGAAGAAGAGUGGCUGUGGCCGUCAAAUAGAUGAAGCAAAUUUUGUCAUGCGAUGCAAUCUCCCUCCUUUGUCAAGUGAAUACACUAAAGAUGUUGGAUCCAAAAGUCAUUUAGUGACAGCUAAUCCCAGCAUAAUUCGGCAGAGGUUUCAGAACCUGCUGUGGUCCAGAAAGACGUUUGUGGACAACAUGAAAAUCUAUAACCACAGUUACAUCUACAUGCCUGCCUUUUCUAUGAAGACAGGAACAGAGCCAUCUUUGCGGGUUUAUUAUACACUGUCAGAUGUUGGUGCCAAUCAAACAGUGCUGUUUGCCAACCCCAACUUUCUGCGUAGCAUUGGAAAGUUCUGGAAAAGUAGAGGAAUCCAUGCCAAGCGCCUGUCCACAGGACUUUUUCUGGUGAGCGCAGCUCUGGGUCUCUGUGAAGAGGUGGCCAUCUAUGGCUUCUGGCCCUUCUCUGUGAAUAUGCAUGAGCAGCCCAUCAGCCACCACUACUACGAUAACGUCUUACCCUUUUCUGGUUUCCAUGCCAUGCCCGAGGAGUUUCUCCAACUCUGGUAUCUUCAUAAAAUCGGUGCACUGAGAAUGCAGCUGGACCCAUGUGAGGGCACCUUACUCCAGCCCACUUCCUAGGGACAUUGGAAGGAGAAAGGACUGAACCAGGGUAUUUUUGUUAGGUUUUCUAUGUGACUCCAAGAGGGAGUGGCCAAGUUGUUUCAUGGGUUUGCACGGGCUGCUUGGAAAAACAGGAAAGGAACAAUGAAGACCCAAGUAAAACUUUGCUUUCAGUAUUGGCUUGGAAAACAAAUAAGAAAUGAACAUCCUCUGAAAUAUUUUAUAGCACAUGGUAGAUUUGCAACUAGUAAAAUGCUGGUGAAAUGCUGUUGGUAAAGCACAUGGUUCAAAUCUAGAAGAUGCGGUUCAAAAACAAGACAGACUCGAGUUGUUAGGGCUGAGGAACUAAUCAAGGUAGAAGAAAGAAAACGCUGGGCUAAAACUGUUGCUGAUUGUCAACACAAACUGGCUUAAUAGUAGUAAUAAGAACCUGUCUUAUCAAGACUGGUUUUAGAACCGUAGGUUUUUUUAAAAAAAUUAUUAUUUAUUUUUGCCCUCUUUAGGGGAAAUAUAAAAACAUCCCUUCCUGAGUAAUAAAGAUACAAAAUGUUAUUCCUGGUGAUUGUGAUUUGUUGAGCUACAUCGACAUUAACUGUAGCUCCCUUCUAUUUUUAAAAUUUUGCCUAAGAAUUGCUUCUUCCUCUUUUGUCAAGUUUACAUAGACAAUGUGAAGCAUUGUUGAAUUUAGGCUGUGUUGAUUCACAGUCUGGAUAAGAGGAGCCACUUUUCUUUCUCAGAAUUUAGGACAUAAACCCAAUUUUAGGUCUGCAUUAUGUAAGCCUGUUUGCAUUGUCAUUUUUAUUUUAGUGCAAAAGACUACCAGUAUGAGUACAUUAUUUAUUUGUAAAUUGGCGUAAUUGUCUUCAUAAUUUAAUGCCCAGAAAAGCAGUAAAGCACAAUAAUGAAAAGCUUAGUUUCUGUGGAAGACAGACCAGAGACAAAUCCCUUUUCUAUCUACCAUGGCAUAUUCACUGCAAGAUAAAGCACAUGUAUGCAUACAUGCAAGAAUGCACACGUACAUACAUGUAGACAUACAUACACACACACACACACACACAGUUAAGCAAAGCUCAUUACUGUGCAACUAUGAAAGCUGAACUCGUAUGACCUGGUAUGGCAAAAAUUUGUAACCAGUGUUGGAGAGUCACAAAUGUGUUAUGCGUUAUCCAUUCCAUGUUGCUGUAAGACAACCGAGCUCGCUGGUUGCUGCACAUAUUCCCAUAGCGGCAUGAGAGGCGAGUCUUGCCCCCAAAUGGUUACCUGGAAUAAGCAGAAUUGUCUUACUCCUCCUGAUCUUACCUAACAUCUCAUGAGCCGGCCUGGUGUUGAGCAUGGCCACAAAAGGUAUAGUUUGUACAAGUCAAGAGAUGUGAAUUAGUAGCUGUUUAUUUCCUUAGUAGCAGGUAACACCUUGUUACACGAGCUUUGAUACACAGCAAAAAAAAAAAAACUCUGACAGAUUACAAGUAGCCAAAUGUGUUUACAUUUCAGAGAAAGGUAAAGCCUCUCAUCGUCUUCAUGCUUUGGAAUGUCUUAAGCUAAAAUGAGACACUAGAACUUAAUUUCUUUAUUAUUUUUAAUGUCAACAAACCGUAGGUAAAUGGUAGCAAAAAGUUCUAGUUUAAUUUUAACAGUAGAAACUUAGCAUACCAUGUCACCAUGUAAAUAAUAGUGAGUGGUAUUUUUGGUGGGUUAAUAUAACAUGACAUCAACCUAACAAAGUCCUUGGCAAAAUUCUACAUAAUUGAAGUAGGCCAUUUCUAAAUGAAAUUAAAUAUUGAGGUUAUUAUAAAAAUUAGCCUUUAAAAUAUGACUUGUUGAUAAUGCAGAUUAUAUUGCUACUUAGAAAGUUAAGAAGUUGAGUAUCAAUUCUAUUGGAGAACUGGUUUGCUCCAUGGCAGCAAAAAUGUAAUGAGAAUGUAUCAUGAAGAAACUGUGUUAAAUAUUCACUUUGAGUGAAACUGAAUAUGUUUCUUCUUUUGAGCUAUUAUUAUUUAGUAGUUACCUAAAAGAAGAUCCAUUUUUACUAGUAUACCAUUAAAAAUGUAAAAGGCUUAAUAAAAAACACAUAUAAUAAUAACGUAUGUGUUACUGAGAUUAGUGCUUUAAUUGUUAAAAUUGUCAAAAUGUAUUUAAUGAGCUCCAUAAAGCCUAUAAUCACAGUUCCAUUGCAAAUAAGAGAUUCCUGGACCAGAAUCUCUUAAACUUGGUAAGUGGAGAUUGCAGUGAGCCAAGAUCACGACACUGCACUCCAGCCUGGAUGACAGGGCAAGACUCUAUCUCAAAAAAAGAAAAAGAAAAUAUUAUGUGAAAAUUUUGCAUCUUGUUUUGAUGCCUGGGAUAGAUUUAUGCAGUAGAUUUACUUAUAACGUUUAGUUUACAAAGUUGUAAAACUAUUUCAUGUGGCUUCUGAAAGGCAAAACAGAAAUGGCUGGUGCUGGUGAUGUGUGAUCAGACCAGUUCUUCUCAGCUGGGGUGAUUCCUUAUCCCUCUCUGCUCACAUUUGGCAAUGUCUGGAGACUGUAGACAUUAUUUAUUUUCAUGACUCAAGGGCGCUAAUAGCAUGUAAUUAGUAGAGGUUAGGGAUCCUGCUAAGUAACUUAUAAUGCACAAGUCAGCCUCUCACAACAAAACAAUUAUCCUGGCUGAAAUGUCAGUAGUACCAAGGUUGAGACACCUGGAUUAGCCCAAAAUGAAAUUUUGAUUGUUCUGCUUUGUCUUCACUUACAUGUAAGCAUACAUGCUCACAGCAUUCAAAGUAUGACUACAAUUUAAUGAGAAUGUUUUCUUACAGUAGAUUACAACUCAUAGGUGUGCCAUACAUAUAUGCCUUUUGCUGUGGUUGGUUAGAUAGAAGUGUAUGUGCGUGUGUGUGUGUGUGUAUAUAUAUGUGUGUGUGUGUGUGUGUGUGUGUGUGUAGUACAAAGUUAGGCAUCUUCUAUCCUUACUGUGCUAUGUGUUCCUAAGUAAAGACCUCGCUAGAAUCAUCCUGUUGACUGCUUUGGAAUACUCUAUUAUUAUUAAGAUUUUCAAUUUUAAGCUCCCAUUAUUUUACUUUUUCUGAAAUUAAGACCUUCAGAAUUGGGCCUGGUACUUUUCCAGAUUUGGUCAAUUAUAUUUUGAUAUGACUAACCCUUAAGAUUCAGCUCAGAAGACAUUCAAUAAGCAAAUCUUUAAUCACUUAAUCACUUUUGAUUUUGCACCUGCCAAGAGAGGCCAUCACUUUGUGCCAUCAGACUAAUUUUAAAAAAUUGUGUAGUGAGGAAUGAAUAUUAGCUUGCUCCAUGGGGACAAAAGGAAGGGUGGGGAGGCUAAAAACUAGUACCCUGACAGGAUUUCAGUUUUUUUGUUAGCCUCACUUCUGGAACUGCAUUGAUUCCAAAGAUCAUGACUAAGGAUGGCCUCUGCUUAAUUUUAAUCCCACUUCAGUAAAAUUAAGAUAGGUGAAGGAUUAAGCCAUUGCAUAACUAAGAAAAGUAAUGUUUACGUGAAAGGUUUUUAUAUGGACAAUGAUUCACAGACACAUAUGCUUUAUAUAGAGUAUUUUGCCAAAAGUUUUACAAAAUUGUGCAUCUAAACUGCAUACUUCUCAUACAAGAAGUUAAGGAAGUGCUCAUUGGAUUUGGUUUCUGUACAGUUCACUUUUAUCUGUCUUAACAAAAGUAGGAAGUAAAUGAUUCCAAAUGGCACAUGCUCAGACAGUACUGUGUUUGGCUUUGUGAUGUCUCAUGUCUUUCUCUUGGCUAAAAAAAAUAUUUAGGCUAUAUAUGACUUGUACCUGAAGCAAUCUGGACAACAUGGCUUACAAUGGAAAAUAACUGAAAAAAUCCUGGGAUUUUAAAUUUGCCAAAAAUAUUCUUGGAUUAGUCAAAGGCUUUACAAAAGUGUUAGAGAUGAUCAAAAAUGGAAACAAUAUUGAUAACAUUUCUUUUCGUCAGCAGCUAUCUAUUCCAGUUUUAUAACUUUAUUACAUAUAAUUUUUGAUUUCUUUAUUAAUAGAAAGUCAGGCAUCCAGAGUUUUAGUUUCUAUAUUGGAAAUAUUGACUUUGUGAAAUUUUCACUGACAAAUCCUUGUUGGGAGGAGGGGAAUGUUACCAGUCCACUGAAAACUUUAGGAAAUGUUCAUUGUGUUGUAGAAAUACUUUCUCACCAGCACCAGGUAAAAUAUGCUCUAUGUUUCUAGAAUUCCAAAGAUCAAGAGCUGUAAGGACAUUGAUGAGAACUUGAGGACAAGCUUGUGGAGGAGUAGGGACUGAGAGUAAUACUAUGCUUUUUCUUUCUGUAUCUUCCCUGCGUAUAGGUCAACUCUCAGGUAUAUCACUUUAGUUUGUGCACACAUCAGGGGUGGAAGUGGUAGAAGUGGGAUAACAAUUUCAAGGUACUUGCAACCUAGGUCAAAGCCUCUAAUAAAGUCAGCAGUAAAUGUAACUAGCAGCCUCAUUCCACCAUGUGCUAGGAGGAGGGAGAGGCAAGUUGAAAGGAGAUAACCCUAUCCCCACAGUCUCAGGAUAUAAAAGGCAAGAGUGGUCUCUACCCUUAACCUUGGCUUUUUAGCACUGUCAGUCUCUGUCCUCUCCCAGGAGAGCUGCCUUGGCUCCAGAGUUGAGCUAGUAGCAUUGUGACUAGAGAGGUAGUGUGGAAAUUUGCUGAGGAGCUCAAAAUUUUACACUGCCUUAAACUCUUGUUUUUGCUUAACCUCGUGCUGUCUAAAUUUGGGUGUCUUGUGGCAGAGUCUAAUCACCCCGACCUAGUUAUAGCCCUGCCAGUGAUGCUAAAGUGAAACUCUCCCCCUCAUUCAUAUGGAUAGUCUGAGUCCUUGAAGCUAGGGAGAUAUCAAAUAGUCCACAAGGUCCUACAUAACUUCUUUAAAAGCCCUAGGAACUAACUCAUAGGAAGUCUGAAGCCCAGAGCAUCUGUUUAUAAACUCCUAAAUAUGAGGCCACAAUAUUUAGGUUGAGCACUACAAAAUUUCUAUUUUGCAAGUGGAAGGCGACUUGAAUCUAUAAUUGCUGUAGCUUUUUUCCCCUUCUAUCAUAAGAAAAGGGAUACCAUCUGCUUUACCCUCAGCCCAGACUUGUCUUUUGAAUUUUUUACAUACAUUUUAGGGGUGAGAGAUGGAAACAAGUGCAUGAAUGAAAAGCUUAUUCAAACAUAACACAGCCUCUGCUCAUCAUUUCAAUAAGGGAAAAAUACAUGCUUCUGUUUCCUUCUAAUUUGUGUUUUUUUCUGGUGCCAACAUUUCUGAUUUCUUCUGUCUCUAAUACAUAAGGAAUAAAUACCAUAUAAUAAAUUGACUUAUAUACUUGCGAGCAUUUGCCAGACAGUCAAAGCCCAUGACUAUACUUUUUAAAGCACAGAAGAGGAAUUAUAUUUUAUGGUCACCCCUCUGUGUUUCUAUUGAUCUCUACAUUAUGUGCUAAAAUUCUCUCUGAUUUUUUUUCCUGUUGAAGCUGUGAGUAUAAUCAAUGAUGCCAGGCUGUCUGAGAAUUUUAUAGAAUAAUAUCCAGAUGUAUUGAUCCUGCCUCUUUCUGCUUCUAUGUAAUUAGGUUUUUCUCUACAUGUUUAUUUUUAAAAUGUAUGCUUCACACAAUAUCCAUACGCAUCUAAGAGAUGUGAUUUAAUCCAAGGCAGAAAAACUAAGAAUCAGAUAAUGUCUAUUUUAUCUGCACAGGAAGUUAAACAGAAAAUUGUAAAAAAAAAAAAAAGUUUAACCAAAAUGAAAACAAAAGAGGCAAAAUCUUGGUUUUAAUUAGAAAGGAUGAUUGGCAGUGAUCUCAGAAGAGAGUUCAGCAGGAAGCAAGAAAGAGGCUGUUGACCUUGAGUGCAGUCUCAAGAAUGGAACCUUUUUGAAAUAUAGGAAAUACCUUGUCAUUCAGCUGUUGUGGUUAAUAAUGGAUGGUUUUUCCUGGGUGAGGCUUAUUCAUUGCAUACUGGAUGUGCCGACCCCUGUGAUCUCCCCAAAUGUGGGAAAGUUGACUGCAUAAUUUGUGGUAGUGGGAGACUAUGUUCACCCUUUUCCCUGGUUAAAAAAAAGAGAGAGAGAGAGAAGAUUCUAGAGGAAACAGUGUGACAGCAAGAUCAUGAGAUGCUGAGGGAGAGACUAGAGUGGCACGUGUUCACUCACUUGGACCAUGACAGCCUUAAGGCUCCAUCUCUUGCUGUCCCUUUCAGAGGGUUGCUCUCCUGUGUUUGACCGCAGUGAAGCAACACUCCCCGUUUUCAUAGCCCUCUUUCAUCUGCACCUCAGCACAUAUUCCCCAAAUCAUAUUAUUAUUUAGAUCUCCUGUCAUCAUGAGGCAGUGAUAGCAGUAAGUGUCAUUUCGACCCUCACCCUUGGAAAGUGGGCUCGCAUAGCUAGAGUUAGAACAGGAGGUUCUAACCCUGCCUCCACAAUUACUUCAGUAACAGGCUUUUGUAUCCAUGAUUACUUCAGCUGACUCAGAUGCAUUGUCUACCCCUGUGUUCCAGUGUACACAACACACACACAUACACGUAAGCUCUUAACAUAAUUUACUCCCGUGAUGAAGAGGGAGAUGGCUGAUUCAGUGAGAGUGGGGAGUGGCAGAGGGUGCCUUAACUUUUUCUGGCUUGAACCCUCCUUCCUUAUGUGUGUCCUUCACGUACCUCUGUCACUUUAGAGACGUAACCAUGUCUGUUCCAAGUUGUAUCAUUAUCAUCAAGAAGUCCUGUAAAUGUAGCAAAUGUGACUAUUUUAUAGAACUGUACAAUAGCAUCUAGGCCUUGGAGAAGUCUGAUAAUAGUAUGUAAAUAUCUUUUACUGAAGUUGUAGACCCUUAGGUGAUAACUGCAGGGGGAUUAACAUUUGUUUCUCCAGCAAACCCCAGAAGCAAGGAGUCAAUCUGUCACUGUUUUUCAUUCAGUCUUAAGUACCGUUGGGCUCUCUUAUUGAUAGGUUACUACAGAUACUCCCGUUAUAAUUAAUAUACAGGAUUCACAAUUUAGGAUGAUUGAUGGCCAUUAGGGUACAUCAUAGGGACACUAGAGAGAAGAGAACAAAUACAGCUCCAUCGAAAAGCCUGCUUAAUCUUUAAAAAGUCUGGAAUAUUACUAGAACUCCAUUUGCCAUGCAGCACAGUGGUCUAAAAAGCAUUGGGGACAAAGGUUUUUUUUUUUUUUGGUCUCUUUAACUCUGUUAUGGCACAUUGUAAUAUUAUUACGCAGGUGUGAAAACUGUUUCUCAAGAGCAAAUUUUAAGUCAGGAGAUAAGAAAAAUUUAAACAUUGUUUUUUCUCAUAUAAUCUGACUAGUAGUUCAUGAGUGUUAUAAUUCUGGGGGAAAAAAUUUAGGUUAGACUAUAAAAUUGAAAUCACCUUUGAAGAGUAUAUGGGAAUUGCUUCUUUCUAUUAAAGUCAACCUCCACUGGCAGAAAGUGUGGAGAAAAAUCAGUGUACUUCAAGUCUUUUCUUAGAGUUACAUAUAAAAUGUUGCAGAUAAAAAAGAAAACUUUAAUUGGUACUUUCUACAGUGUGAAUAGAAAAGUUAGUAUCUAUCUCUUUUGGUUCUGCUGACUUGUUUCUUUCCACAGAAUCUAAAUGCAAUGUCAUAGGAGGAGGUUUGCUGUAAAAACAUGUCUUUUUCUUUGGUGUGUUCAUUGUAAUUAUGGCUGGCAGUGAGAAGGUUCAGUAAGUCUCAAUUUCUCUACCUCCCUUACUUGGAGAAAAUUUGUAAAUGUACCCUGUGAAUAAAAUGGUUUUUUAAAUAGA